AUGUUCUGUUCUAAAUGUUUGCUUGUAAGUCUAUUCUGCGUGAGCCUGGCGGCGGCCACGCCAUUCGCCCAGGCACCGCAGCCAGGCCAAGAGGGCUACCGGGUGCAGGCGCCCCUGCGAAUACCUUCGGAGGUCUUCAGCGCCCCCACAGUGCCCCCACCGCCGCCUCCGACGCCCAGCCAGUUGUAUGCCACGCCCCGCCAGCAGGAGCAAGAGCCCGCCGCUGCCCAACAGCCCACUGUUGUUGAAGAUGCUCCUCGCGCCGCCGGGCCUCCUGCCCCGCCCCCUAUGGAAGGCAUGCCCUAUGAGUUCGAGUGGGACGUGAACGACGUGGAAAACGGCCUAGUCUACAGCCACCAGGAGAGCUCUGACGGCGUCGUGGCCCAGGGCGAGUACCGGGUCCUCCUUCCCGACGGGCGCCUCCAGAUAGUCACCUUCGCCGACCGCGGCCAGGGCUAUGAGGCCCAGGUCGUCUACCAGGACUAUAAUGUUUAGGGCUUCCUGCUCAUGUGAAAUAUGUUAGAGGGAGCAGACAAACAGUGGAAGAUAAGAGAGAGAGAGAGAGAGAGAGAGAGAGAGACACAGAGAGAGAGAGAGAGAGAGAGAGAGAGAGAGAGAGAGAGAGAGAGAGAGAGAGAGAGAGAGAGAGAGAGAGAGAGAGAGAGAGAGAGAGAGAGAGAGAGAGAGAGAGAGAGGGAGAGAGAGAGAGAGAGAGAGAGAGAGAGAGAGAGAGGGAGAGAGAGAGAGAACUAAAUAGAGAAAUAAAAGAUGAAAGAAGAGUGGUAUUCCGAAUCGAUGUGUGCGGAUCGAUAAUUAGAAUCAGAAUACAUUACUGUGUAUACAUCACUGGAAUCUGUUGUGAGAUCCUCUAAUAGCGCCAGCAGUGGAAUCUUCCUUGUUCAUAACAUUAAGCACUCUUUGCCUAUUUCAUGUUGUUGUAUUCUACAGGGUUUACAUACUGUACUGUCCAUCGGGUAUGGAUAUGUGCUUGCUUUUGUUGUUGUUGUUAUAAAGUCUAUUUUCAGCAAAUGUACAGAUACAGUUUCGAUGUUAUCUUUAGCCUUCUGUUGUUGAAAAAGAUGGA